AGACUGGGGACUUGAGUGUCAAGAAGACACGAACAGCUUUAUGUUGACAAUAGUUACCCAGCAAUUAUCUCCCUUGGUACCCGUUCCAAGGCGUGAUAUCAGACACAGAGCUACAAUUUCAGGUUAAUCGUUCAGUUUUUGCUGGGGUUUUCAAAACCUCCUCACUUCCGUUUGGAUUGUUUUUGUACAGAAGGAUACAAGAGAAGCCAGUUUCUUUUUUUUCAUCGCUUUUGGCGCUGUACUGGAUACAGGUGGAAGAGCAAUGUCUCUCUUCACCCUUUGUCUCUUCAUAGGGGUGAUCUCGGCGCUCCCGACCGACUACAGCAGAGAUGACGCAAACAGAGACUUCGAUUCAGUCACGUUCAUGGAGAGGUUUGGUUACCUUGACAACCUGGCAGGACGAGGUCAACAUGACCCACAGACUACUUCAAUCGCCAUCAGGGAGUUCCAGCGGUUCAAUGGUCUGCGAGUGACUGGACGCUUAGAUCCGAACACUGUCCAGAAGAUGCAGUCCCCAAGAUGCGGAUUGCCAGAUCUGGUCAGACCGUCUGAGAGAGCAGCACAGCUCAGGAGUGACCCCGAGACACCUCUGGCCUUCUAUGCCCCAGGUUAUAAAUGGACAAAGAACGAUAUCGAUUACAAGAUCGUUGGAUAUACCCGUCAGCUGGGAGGUUCCGAUCAGAGACGAUCACUGAGACAGGCGUUCUCCAAGUGGUCCGACGUGACUCCCCUUACAUUCAGGGAGGUGACGAGUGGCACUGCCGACAUCGAGAUCAGCUUCGUCAGAGGUCAGCACGGGGACGGUCCUGGAAAUACAUUCGAUGGAAGAGGUGGCACGCUUGCGCAUGCGUUCUUCCCCGGAACUCAACCAAUCAGCGGAGACACUCACUUCGAUGAGGACGAGCAGUGGACGAUGAGAGGAGACACGGGCUCGAACCUGGAAAUUGUCGCCGCCCACGAGUUCGGCCACGCCCUCGGUCUGGGUCACUCCAACAUCCCCACAGCUUUGAUGGCCCCCUAUUAUCAGGGGUACGACCCCAACUACCAGCUCCACACGGACGACAAGCGAGGAAUACAGACACUGUAUGGUUCAAGUGGCGGACGUUCAGGUGGGAGAAGACCCCGCCCGACACGACCACCAGUGACACGCCGACCACGUCCCAGACCACGUGCAACCCCAGCACCCAGAGGAAGACACUGUGACGUCAAGUUUGAUGACAUCAUCGUAGCUCACGACAGGAAAACCUAUGCCUUCCGUGGCAGCAAGAUCUACCGGCUGGUCAACCGGGGCGUUAGCAGAGGGUUCCCCAGGCCAAGCAAGAGGGUGUUCCGGGGGGCUCCGUCCUCACCUGGAGCCGUGGUGUACGAUAGAAGGAACAGGAAGACGUUCUUCUUUAAAGGAGGCAGAUACUGGAGGUUCACCGCUUAUCGCAAGGAUCAGGGCUACCCCAGGAGGUUACCGUCCGCUUUCAGAAACGCCAAGGCUGCCCUCCAGUGGCGAGACGGCAGGAUCUACUUAUUUAAGAGUUCAACUUACACGGCGUGGACAGAGACACUGAGAAGAUCGUCCUCCGGCUAUCCCCGUGCUACCACACAGUUCUGGAGGGGGCUCCGGCCGGACAUUGAGGCAGCCUUCCAGUACACAGACGGGGAGACCUACUUUUUCAAGGGCAACGUAUACUGGAAGUUCGACAGCUACUACGGGCGAGUGGAGGCUGGUUACCCUAGGGCAAUGUCCCAAGCCUGGCUGGGCUGCACCCCGCGGAUACCCAAGUAGCAAGGUCCUUGUAGCGGACCUUCCAGACCUGUAGUCGUAGCUAGCCUUGUGAUCUUCAGUUCAACCUCGACCCUGCAACAGGUGCACGUUCUCAAACGUAUAAGAGAAGAAAUGACACUAUUCAAGUUGUGAACGUACCGGCAGGGAGUGUUUCAAACAUUACAAACAAAUGUUUUGACCGUGACUUCCCUUAUAUGUAUUCUUAACGAACGGAUGCUCAAAACAAUAGGACCCGUAAGUAGGUCAAGGCACUUUGCGAGAUCUUGCGUUGUUUAGUACUUCCCGUGACAAACAACGUUACAUACCUUUUCGAAUGGUCUCAUGGUUGUCAGUUGACAGUAAGGAACCGAUAAUCCUUGCAGGAAUAACAAAUUUCCGAUCCAAUCAUCCC